AGCAACUCAUCAAAAUGGCAACCUGGAAUGGUGAGAAUCAACCACUUCUGGAGCCUGGGAGUGAUCCCACGAAUCAAGACACAUAUGGAACACCUAUCAGAUCACAUCCUAUAUUUGAGACAAUUAAAUCUGGUAUGCUUAUACCAGUGCAGACAGUCGUGGAGCAGAUGGGGCUUGAUGUGCUGUCACUGAGGGACGAGAAAGGUCAUACGCCAGCCCACUGGGCCUGCUUAGGUGGCCAUGCUCCCAUACUGCGAUACCUUCUAGAACAGAAAGCACCUGUCAAUGAAGCCAGCCAUAAUGACCUUGGUGCAAGGCCCAUUCAUUGGGCCUGUGUGAACGGACAUAUAGCAAUAGUGGACAUACUGGUGCAGGCUGGUGUAAGCUUGGAUAUUACGGAUAAUAAAGGCUGCACGUGUCUCAUAGUUGCUGCUCAGUAUGGCCAGACUAUGCUGGCUGGUUACCUGAUGGGCAAGGGGGCAAGACUACAGAUGGUGGACCGGGAUGGCGACACUGCCUUGCACUGGGCUGCAUUUAAAGGUAAAUCUGAGCUAAUGCGGCUUUUGAUAUACUCUGGGUUUAACCCACGACAGAAAGACAACUUUGGACAAACACCUCUCCAUUUAGCAUGUAUCAAUGGAGAUAUCAACGGUGUCAAAGAACUCUGUGAACAGGAUGGCGUUGACAUAGCUCUUGCUGACAAAAACGGCAAGACGCCGCUAAUGUUGGCUACUGGCCGCAAACAUACCGCAGUAAUGGAUUAUCUGAAAGCUGAGCUCAAACAGAAAAACAGCUUUCUGCCAAAGAUUGAUUUCUGGUCCAUAGUGUUUGGUCCACCUGGUAACAGCAAAGGUCCUCUGCUGUUUUUCUUUGUGAAUCUUUUGUGCUGGGGUUAUCCUAUGUAUAUCAUCAAGUGCCUGCCGUACACCUGGUAUGACCUGCAGAUGUUGCAUAUCGUCUUUUUCAUCACCAAUGCAGCCAUGUGGAUCUCCCUGUUCCAUGCCAGCACCACCGACCCUGGCUUCCUGCCCAGGAAUAUACCCGAGUAUGACAUGGCUAUUAAACAGGUUGCCCACUUUGAUGAAUGGAAGCAGGGAGAGAACCCAUUGAGCCGGUUGUGUCACACGUGCAGGACGGUGAAACCUCUCCGCUCAAAACACUGCAAAGUGUGCAACCGGUGCGUCAAAGUGUUUGAUCAUCACUGCCCCUAUAUCUACAACUGUGUGGGUGUGAAUAACAGAGUUUCGUUUGUAAUAUUUUCUUAUACGGUAAUGGUGAAUGGGGCGCUUGCCAUCUACAUGAGCCUGAUCACUAUCCAAGUGCUGCAAGAGAGCUGGAACAUUGUCUACAUCUUCUACAUGGGCGUUGCAGUGUUCUUUGAGGGAGUCUCCGCCUACAUCACCGCUCAAAUGGCUUACCUGGCCAUCACGAAUCUCACCACAAACGAGUCGAUCAACUACAAGCGAUACAAGCACAUGCAUGACAAGGAGGGGAAGUUUAGGAACCCAUUCAACUGUGGCUGGCUGAUCAACCUGCUUGAGUUCUUCCACAUUGUUCCCCUGAAUAGAGAUCUGUUAGACAAAGAUGAUGAUAAUGAGACAAUUGUUUCCACGCUAGUUACAACCUUACAGUCAAUGAGAGAAUCAAUCAUCAGCGAUAUAGCUACCUUAAAGAUGGAAAGGGACAGUUCUAUAACCCCUUCCACCGGGGUCUACUCAAGAAUCUAAAGGAGUUCCUGCACAUCAUACGGCCGCAGGAGGAGAGAGAUGUGGAACUAUUGUCAGUGAGAACUGUGUGACCCGUCCUAUACACGUAUUUAGUUUGCGUGUAUACAAAUAUUUAUUGACCUGCAAGGUCAGUAUUGGUAAAACUAUACCGCGGUAUAUCGCCUUGCUGUUCUUUUGGUUGUUAUGCCCCCUGUAGGAUGGCAUAUAGCAGUUGAACUGUCCGUCAGUCUGUGCGUUCGUCCAAAAACUUAAACGUUGCCCAUCACAUUUGUACUAUUAAAGAUAGCAACUUUAUAUUUGGCCUGCUUGUGUAUCUCAUGGAGCUGCACAUUUUGAGUGGUGAAAGAUCAUGGUCAUCCUUCAAGGUCAAAGGUCAAGUAUAUGGCUUCAAAGCGGGGCAAUAGGGGGCAUUACACAUCUCUUGUUUUAAAUUGAUUAUUCAACCCCUGUGAGUCAUCUGUUAGUACGCUAAAUAAUGGUAAUGUUUAGCAAUGGACAUUUUACUGUUUAGUAUUUUUGUAAACAGUUUAAUACUUUUUGUUUGUUCACCUUGAAAAAAAAAGUGUUUUGAACAUUGUAUUAGCAGACCUGAUCUGAUCAUAUUUAUGCCCCCCUUCGAAGAAGAGGGGAUAUAUUGUUUUGCACAUGUCGGUAGGUUGGUCGGUCCGUCCGUCCACCAGAUGGUUUUCGGAUGAUAACUCAAGAACAUUUACGCCAAGGAUCAUGAAACUUAAUAGGUACAUUGAUCAUGACUGGCAGAUGAACCCUAUUGAGUUUGAGGUCACUAGGUCAAAGGUCAAGGUCACAGUGACUCGUUCUUGGAUGCAGUUUAGGACCACAUUUGCAGAUUAUAUUAUGUACUGUUGUGGUGGGGUCUCCGUCCGUCCACAAGAUGGUUUCUGGAUGAUAACUCAAGAACCCUUACACCUAGGAUCAUGACACUUGAUAGGUACAUUGAUCAUGACUGGCAGAUGACCCCUAUUGAUUUUGAGGACACUAGGUCAAAGGUCAAGGUCACAGUGACUCGUUCUUGGAUGCAGUUUAGGACCACAUUUGCCGAUUAUAUUAUGUACCGUUGUGGUGGGGUUUCCGUCCGUCCACCAGAUGGUUUCCUGAUGAUAACUCAAGAACGCUUAUGCCUAGGAUCAUGAAACUUUAUAAGUACAUUGAUCAUGACUGGCAGAUGACCCCUAUUGAUUUUCAGGUCACUAGGUCAAAGGUCAAGGUAAAAGUGACAAAAAACGUAUUCACACAAUGGCUGCCACUACAACUGACAGCCCAUAUGGUGGGGGCAUGCAUGUUUUACAAACAGCUCUUGUUCAUGCUUUGCUUUGUGAAUUUGCUUUCAUAAAAUUUUAUAAGGGGUUUUGCAGUCUACUUACUGGCAUAUAGAAGUUGUGUUGUCAGUCGGUCUGGCAUUCCGUUUUCCUGAGGUUUUUAUUGCAACGCUUUCAGAUAUUGAGCUGAUUUUUGGUAUGUGAGUCUAACUACAUGACUUUCAGAUUAAAUGUGAGUUUCCUUUCAGUCCAUUAAUUUUUGGCCAAGUAAUGGGCCAAUACUUUACAAUACUUUACAAUUUUCUCUAAAAUAGCUGCUGUGCCACUUCAAAGGGCAAUAGGGGGAAUUAUGUUUCCCAAACACUGGCUUUUACAAAUAAACCUUUUAAAGCUCCAAAAGUUAAAUAUUAAUGUAAAUACAUGCAACAAAUUUUAUUCCUUUUUUUUUCCUCUUCAGUCCAAAAUCAGUCUGUUUUCUCGAAUUGUGAAAACUUCAAUAAUGUAUUCAGACUUGUAGUAUAGUAUUUAUUCCCAAAAAUGUGAAAUGCUUCCAUGUGUAUGCACAUUUUUAAACAGGUUACUUAAACAAAAUUAUCAUUUUUAUAUGAGUAUUUGUUUAUUGUUUUAUAAAAAUAUAUUUCUGUCCAUAUGAUGUACCGGUACUUUCAUUGUGAAAUUAUCAUUUGUGGUCAUGUUGACAUUUUUAUCAUAUUUAUAUAUUUACAUUGUUUAUUUCUUUUUUGGUAUUAUUGCAGUUGUCAACCAUUUCAUGGUUAAUUUACUUGAUAUACCACAAUGUGUUGAUGGACAUUAAUGUUCAAUAUAUUUUAAGGUAAACAUUGUGCUUGAAAAUGUGUGUUUUAUUGAUGUUUCAUGUACAUGGCUAUUUGAACAUAAAACUUUUCCAACAAUAAUUUUAAACAUGGUCAUUUCGAAAUAGCUUAAAUGUUCUACACAUAUUAUGAUUUCAGAACUUUAUUCAGUCAACUUCCUAGUUACAAUAACAAGUACAUGUUUAAAAUCAUAUUCAUUAGUAUACAGGUCUAAAGCUUUAUAAUUGGCAUAAUGUUUUGAUAAAGUAAAAUAUAAAGAAUUUCUUCUUAAGGUUUUUAAAUGAAAAUUAAAUUUGGAACAUGUGUAGAUUUAUAUUUUUGCCGGGUCUUCAUUUUUACUAGCAGUCAAGUGUUACAGUUGUAACUUGCAAUAUAUAAACACGUGUAAACCUUUUUAGUGUUUUGUAUUUUGACAGAGCUAAUCUAUCACUAUGUACAUUAAUAAAUAAUAUUAUUUGUUGAUCAAAGUAUUAUUCAAUCAAAUUUAUUUUAUAACUUUAUUUGCAUGUGCAGUUACUGAUAUUCAUUUUUAAGCAAUAUUUCAUUAAUUUUGUUUACAGUGAGUUUUAUCGCAAUCAGUAUGGUAUGUAAUGCUGUCAUUGUACUUGUACUUGUUUAGUGGAAGUACCAGGCCUGCUUUAACCAACCCAUUCAUAGACUCAAGAAUGAAGAAUAAACGCUAACUAAAUAAUGAAAAACUGUUCGAUUUUCACAUAUGAAAGAUUACAAUGUUAUAUUUGCAAAAAAUGAUUUAUCAAAAUAGAGGAUGUUGUAAUGUUAAUUGGGAAUGUCAUAAAUUAAAUGGUUAUUAAUUUAAAUUCAGCAUUCUUUGAACAAAACAGCUGCAAGAAAAUUCAAUAAUACCUGUAUUUAGUAUUUUUUUAUUUGUUGGUAAAUGUUGACUGGUGAGUGGGGAAUAGGUUUUACAGUCACUUUAUUCCAAUAUGUAGAUUUAUGUUCUACUUGUUGGUACUGGAGUUAUUUGUGAUACUGUUUUGCAACUUUGACUGAAGCUGUCGUAGAAUUCAUGUUUAUCAUGGAAACAUAAAUGAAUUAACCUUAUUAUUCAAACUUGAAAAAAAAUGUGAAGGUCAUGUAUGUCAAAAUGUAUAUAUCCAUUUAUUUGCCAAACGGGUCAGCUAUUUGUUAUUGCUUUCAUUCAGUGUAUCUAUAUGCAUACUUUUAUAUGCAACUGAUCUACUGGGGUACUUACUAUAAGUUACAAUGUGACAUAUUUGUGCUUGUCCCCACUGAUUUGAACAUCUUUUCCAUGACUUAAAAAAUGAUUUUUUUAGUUAAAUGCACCAUUCCACUUAAAAGACAUGUUAGAGAUAACAAACACGAAUUUCAUAUAGUUAUCUGAUAAUUUUUUUAUUUAUUUUUUCAAAAUAUUUUUUUUUAAGCUUACAGACUUGUUAUAAACUCUACUGGUUUUAAGUUCAUAAGAGUUACUAAAUAUUACAGCUAUUCUUCUUUCUUUAAUAUGAACUUGUUGGCUGUUAAUUAUCAGUGGGUUGUUCAUCGGUCUGUUUUUUUUCUCGUGGCAUUUUUUGCUGUGUAGACAGUUUUUGUCACCUAUUUUGUCUUAGCAUCACCAAGCUAUAACAGAAUGUUUCUUAUAAAAGGAUGUCUUGCAUUUCUGUUUCCAUCUAGUGUCAAUACUCAUCAUCAUUAAUAUACCGCUAUGCUAUGGCAAAUUGCUUUCUAUAGGAACUUGAUUUGUAGCCAGUUUCAUCAUUAAAUGUAGUCUUGUCUGUCGAGGACACUGACUGAUGAACAAAAUCUCUAGUUCCUCGGACAAGGACAAAAAGCUUAAUUUUGGUUUUCUCUAAUACACUUGCCAAAAACUGCCAAAAAUAAAGUCAUUUGGCUUGAAUUUUCUUCUAUAACUUAGACUUUUACAGGUAAGUAUUUGUUGCAUAAUAAUAAGGUCUUUGUGUUCAAUGGUGCAUUUUUUUCCCAAGUUACAAUAAUGAGUGUCUGUGAACAAACGUAACUCUUGUGUAACCUAUAAUAUACAGUAAGCCAUUCCUUUGAGGCAAUUUUGUGUGAGUGGAAUUCAAAUCAACAAAUACUAUUGUAUGCAGUUGUAAACGUUAAACAUUCAAAGUUGAGAGAAUGUGUGUAUGUAUUUCACUUGUGUGGAAGGAUGUUUAAUGCUAUUUGUAAUCAUAACUUUUUAUUACAAGUUUUUCCCAUAUAUUCGCUUUUGUAUGAAAACAUGUCUAUGAUGUUUUUGCAAUAAAACUAUUGAAAUAAA